ACGCCUCUUGGCUUUCUUUUAUAUACCUUCCUCCGCCCCGGGGCAUUUUCUUCUCCACAAUCCGUGGACGUCCAUUUUCAUCUCUAUCCCAAUCUCGACUUAUAGCAUUGCCCACGUUGACCGAGGGCAAGGGACGCUUCACACCCUUCGCUUGCUGAUUCCGCCGGCACUUCGCUCCUCAGUUCCACCUUCACACCCCCAGCCAUGGCCGACGAGGGCAAGCUUCCCUUUGCUCCCGAGUAUGCCUCGUACAACUGGACGGGAGCCCCGUCAGACUACUCUGCCCUUGCUACAAACGAGCUGGGCGGAAACUCAAGGGUGGAAAACCUGAACAAAUGGUACCAGGCCGGUGACCAAGCCUACAUUAUUGUCGCGUCUGCUAUGGUCAUGCUCAUGAUCCCCGGUCUCGGUUUCCUCUACUCCGGUCUCGCUCGUCGCAAAUCCGCCCUUAGUAUGAUCUGGGCCUGUAUGGGUUCCUUCUGCGUCGUUACCUUUCAAUGGUACUUCUGGGGUUACUCAUUGGCCUUCUCUCCAACUGCUACCAACGGAUACAUUGGAAACUUGCGCAACUUUGGUUUGAUGAAGGUUUUGGCCGAUCCCAGCCCUGGGUCGCCCCUGGUUCCCAACCUUCUCUACGCCUUCUAUCAGAUGCAAUUCUGCGGAGUUACAGCUGCCAUUAUUAUGGGAGCAGUCGCUGAGCGUGGCCGCUUGCUUCCCGCCAUGGUCUUCACCUUCGUCUGGGCUACAAUUGUCUACUGCCCCAUCGCCUGCUGGACUUGGAACGUUAACGGCUGGGCCUUCAACUAUGGUGUGCUGGAUUACGCUGGUGGUGGACCCGUCGAAAUCUGUUCCGGUCUAUCGGCGCUCGCCUACUCGAUGGUUCUCGGCCGUCGCCAGGAACGCAUGAUGCUCAACUUCCGCCCGCACAACGUCUCUCUCAUCCUGCUUGGAACCGUCUUUCUUUGGUUUGGAUGGCUCGGGUUCAACGGCGGCUCGUCCUUCGGUGCUAACUUGCGCGCCACCAUGGCAUGCUGGAACUCCAACUUGACUGCCGCCUUCGCGGCGAUUACAUGGGUGGUUUUGGAUUGGCGCUUGGCUCGUAAAUGGUCAAUGGUUGGUUGGUGUUCGGGUACCAUCUCUGGCCUUGUGGCUGCGACCCCUGCUUCCGGUUUCCUUCCUCCUUGGGCCAGUGUUAUCCUCGGUAUUGUUACUGGCAUCGUCUGCAACUAUGCAACUAAGGUGAAAUUCUGGAUCCGUAUUGAUGACUCUAUGGAUGUGUUCGCCGAGCACGGUGUCGCCGGUAUCGUCGGUCUCAUCUUCAACGCUCUUUUCGCUGAUGACGCUAUUGUUGGACUGGACGGAGUUAACACCGGUUCCGAAAUGGGUGGUUGGAUCAUUCAUAACUGGAAGCAGCUGUAUAUCCAAAUUGCCUUCAUUGUCGCUGCGUCCGCCUAUUGUUUCGUCGUAUCCGCUAUCAUUGCUUAUGCGAUCAAUGCUAUCCCCGGCCUGAAGCUCCGCGCCUCAGAAGAAGCCGAACUCCUCGGUAUGGACGAUGACCAGCUCGGCGAAUUCGCAUAUGACUAUGUCGAGGUUCGUCGUGACUACCUCGCCUGGACCCCCCAACAACACGACCAACAUGCAGACGGCCAUCAGGUCCCUGUGGCCGCGCGCUACGGCAUUGGUGAACAUAGUGACAUGAUGAUAGACGGCGAAACCCCAACCGCGAACAGCCGUGGUAGCGAAGUGUCAGACAUCCAAGAAAUCAACACCAAAGAACAACCACCACACCCGUUCCCAGUCGACAAUGAGAAAGCGGUUUCCGAUUCAUAGUCGGGCCAUUUCCAAUUUUUGGACUUUGGCUAGCCCGAAUUUUUCUUUUUACUUCAUUCUUGUUUACGUCCGAGAUAUCCACUUCUGUUUGUUUUCCUCAUUUUGGCUGAGCCAUUUCUCUUUUAUCCAACCGGAUUUGUAUUCUUUUUCUAGACCGAGUUUGUGUGUUUCAGCAGGCGUUGAUUUCUUUUUACCGCUUCAGCUUUUAUCUUUGAACGAAUGCUUAUGGGUCUGGGAUUUGGGACCUGAUCACUGGCUGAUAUUGAAUUGUCAUACGUUGUAUAUACUAAUACGAGGAGUCGCGGGUUGUUCAUGGGUUGAUAUUGAAAACUCCAGGA